AUGCCGUGGAACAACAUGAGGUUAAAGUGUCCCUACUCCAUAAGUAGUGUGCCACUGCAAUCCCCCUGCCUCGUCGUGGCCACAGCUCCGGCCAUGGCGAUGAGCUUCUUGUCCACCGCUAACACAUCGUUCGUGCCCUUCCGCCGCCUCUCCCGCCACAAGCCCACCACCACUCCCUCGCUCCCGUUCCCCACCAACCCGCACCGCUCGCCCGCCUGCUGCCUUCUCCCUGCCGAACGCCGGCGCUUCUCCACCCCGUCCUCUUCCAAGACCCCCGCCACCAACCUCCUCUCAUCAAUCACGGCCGCCUCGAGAACCCUGCUCUUCCUGCUCGUCGUCUCCAUCCUCUCCCUCUCCGUCGUCCGGCGCCCCCUCCCGUCACUCGCCGCCCCUCCCCCACCCACGCAGCAACCGCAAGACGCCACGAAGGGACAGCAGGAAGAAGAAUCCGACCAAGGGGAUCAGGAAGAGGAAGACGAGGCGGAGUGGUUUCGGAAGGAGGAGGAGGAGGUGGAGGCGGCCUGGAUGCAGCCAAGCGACGAGGAGGAGGAGGAAGAGGACGACGACGAGGUCCAGAUGUACCUGGAGGUCCUGAGCGAGGACCCGGGCGACGUGGACGCGCUCAAGUGCGUGCUCUUCGCCAGGAUGCGGCGCAAGGACUGGGGCGGCGCGCUGCGCUACGCGGCACAGCUGCGGGAGGCCGAGCCCGGCGAGGUGGAGUGGCGGCUCAUGGAGGCGCUGCUGCACGAGCUCAAGGGGGACAUCGCCACCGCCGAGCGGCUCUUCCAGGAGGUCCUCGCGGAAAAGCCCCUCCUCGUCCGGGCUCUCCAUGGACUCGCAUUGUGCAUGCAUAAAAGACUCGAAGGUCCAACUGUUUUCGAGAUGUUGGAGAAAGCUUUGCAACUCGCAGAAUCCGAGGAGAGGGUCCCGGAAGAGCGCAACAUAAAGCUUCUGAUUGCACAGAUGCAUGUUGUCAAGGGUGACCUGGAUGUUGCAUCAGAGAAAUUGAGAACUCUUAUUAACGAGGAUCCAAGAGAUUUUCGGCCUCAUCUUUGCCAGGGCAUUGUAUAUGCACUUUUGGACAAAAAGGAGGAGGCAGACGAGCAAUUUGAUGUGUACAGAAGCCUUGUGCCGGAUGAGUUCCCGGACAAGAGUUUUAUCAAUGAUGUUAUACUAUCAGCCAAAGUGGAGUCAAAAGAUCGGCUACAGAAGGACUUAAGAUCAGAGUACCUAUCUAAAAAGUGAUACUUCAGGUUUUCCUAUACCUGAACGGCUCAUCAUACUUAGUGAGGUAGUCCUAGAUGGUUGCGUAUUUAUGCGCGUACAGUGACACAAGUGCAACAUUGCUAUAAGUGAGAAUGGAAUAUAUUGAAGAUAAGUGAAGGAGAUGUUGAUCUCCUGUAACAAGUUUCCUACAACUUUUAGCUAAUUUAUUGAGGUCCUUAUACACCAUCAACUGAGUUCUCCAAUUUGGAAUUGAAUCCCAUUCCUUCCUUCA